CUCACCCAAACCCUAAAUCUCAAAAACCCUCUUUUUCUUUCACCAAACAUAGAGAUAUAUUAUUUGUAUCCAUUCAAAGUGUAUAGAGAUAUUGAUGGCGAUAUUUGGUUUGAGUUAUAUUGGGUUUUCCAAAAGGUUCACUCUAAGUUGUUGUUAUUGGUGAAAAGUAACAAAAUUAAAAACCCACCAAUAAUAAAUCGUCAAGAAUUGAAGAAAAAUAAUUGUGUGAUAGUUUUAACAAGACAUAAUUAUGAAUCCAGCUACGACAGCUCAUGGCGGCCGUCCAUUACCUCCACCUUUUCAUGCUAGAGAUCAUCUUCAGCUCCACCACCAAUUCCAGCAGCAGCAUCCGGAUGAGGAUGAACAAAGCGGUGGAAGUAGCAGCCUUAACAACAACCAUGGCCAAAAGCGUGAAAGAGAUCAUAGCAACAACAACAAUAAUAGAGAAUUGGCUUCCGUGGUGACUGGCGGUGGGGAUAAUAAUCAAGGUGAUCAUAGCAGUGGUGGGGGUAGCGGUGGUUCUAGGCGGCCAAGAGGCCGCCCAGCUGGAUCAAAAAACAAACCCAAGCCACCGAUUAUUAUCACAAGAGAUAGUCCAAACGCCUUGAGAUCUCAUGUGAUGGAGGUGGCAAGUGGAUGUGAUAUUCAAGAAAGUAUAGCCACUUUUGCCACAAGAAGGCAAAGAGGGGUUUGCAUUUUAAGUGGUAGUGGGACGGUUACUAAUGUAACCCUGAAGCAGCCGUCUGCUCCGGGGGAAGUUGUGACCCUACAUGGGCGAUUUGAGAUCUUAUCGCUUUCAGGGUCGUUUCUUCCCCCUCCAGCACCGCCAGCUGCUUCUGGGCUAACUAUUUAUUUAGCCGGUGGUCAAGGGCAGGUGGUUGGAGGGGGAGUUGUCGGGCCCUUACUCGCGUCAGGGCCCGUGGUAAUUAUGGCAGCAUCUUUUGGUAAUGCUGCCUACGAGAGGCUUCCUCUCGAGGAAGAAGAGACUACUGCGAACGAGGGUUUAGGAUCACCAACCGGGAUCAAUAAUGGUCAACAACUAAUGAGUGAGUCGAAUCCCUCGUUAUUCCAUGGAUUGCCUCCUAAUAUGCUAAAUCAUCAGUUACCCACAGACGCGUAUAAUUGGGGUGCUACUCGACCCCAGUUUUGAUUAGAAUUUGAUCAAGGCAAGAUCUAGGAAUCUAAAACUCCAUCUCCUACCUGAUGCAAUAUUCUUCUUCAUACUUACUUUCACUUAAACUUAAUUAUGCGCAUUCCGAUCCAUCUCUUUUGUUUCUCACAUAAAUUAGUAGUAUGUUUGUGAUGUUUAUCAUUAGUUGAAAUGGUUAGACCUCCUCCAUAGCUAGCAUGUUUGAUCAAGAUUUAAGGUUGUACAAAACUUGUGAAAUUGAUAUCUCCUUUUUUGUGAGCUA